AUGUUGGAAACCUCCCAGAGUGGUUACAAUAAGUCCGCGUCUGACGAGUGCUCUAUUCUUUCUGAACCUAGCCAAUGCGUUUCCUCUUUCACCUUGGACACCGGCGCGUCUACAUGGUACAAUCCAGUUCAACUUCCCUCGGGCUUUCCUGGAACAGCACCUCUAUCAGAUACUACUGAUGCCGGGAGCAUUACUAGUGCUCCAGAUCCAUACACGUUCUCGAUUUUCCCAAGCUAUGUCACCGUCAUUACCCCAGCUCCAUUUAACGAGAAGAACGUCGAGGCAACAAGCUCAGAAACUGUUGUCGGAACGGCAGCGACUGCCACGGGAGAGAGCACUUCUUUGCCCAGCACUAGCAAGGGGGCUGCAAGAAAUCUUGUAUCUCCUAUGAGCACCGACGUAGGUAUCUGGGGUCUGCUUUUGUACAUAAUUGCCUGUACUCUCUUUGGUGCAGCUUUGAUUGCAUAA